CUUCACAGCAGCAGAUGCAGCGCCACCCAGCGCUUCUUCACUGUAUUGCGUCAUGACGCACGGCGCAGCGGAAUGACGUCAACUACAGCCGACGGCGCUGCUCUUUUUGCGUUUACUAGCCGUCCAGAUCGUCCAAAGAUUGAUCAAAUAUGUAUUAGGAAAUGACUGAUGUAGUGUUUUAUAAUAUUAUGGACUGGUCGAUGGUUUAGCGGAGAGAUUUGGCGACUCUGAUUUCUGCAAAAAUGAACAAAGGUUGGCUGGAGUUAGAAAGUGACCCGGGGUUGUUCACACUCUUGUUGGAAGACUUUGGUGUGAAGGGCGUUCAGGUGGAGGAAAUCUAUGAUCUUCAGAGCAAAUGUCAAAGUCCUGUUUAUGGCUUCAUCUUCCUCUUCAAGUGGAUCGAGGAGCGAAGAUCUCGGCGUAAAGUCUCCACGCUGGUGGAUGAAACCUCAGUUAUCGAUGACGAGAUUGUUAACGACAUGUUUUUUGCUCACCAAUUGAUACCGAACUCCUGUGCCACUCACGCUCUUCUGAGUGUGCUUCUGAACUGCAGCGGCGUGGAACUGGGAACGACUCUGAGCCGUAUGAAGGCUUUCACCAAGGGCUUCAGUCCUGAGAGUAAAGGUUACGCCAUUGGAAACGCUCCUGAGCUGGCAAAAGCCCACAACAGCCAUGCCAGACCGGAGCCGCGGCACCUGCCGGAGAAACAGAACGGCAUCAGUGCCGUGCGGACAAUGGAGGCAUUUCACUUCGUCAGUUAUGUGCCAAUCAAAGACCGUCUGUUUGAGCUGGACGGUCUGAAGGCAUAUCCCAUCGACCACGUUUGUAUGGCCCCCACGUGCUUGUAUGCAUGCCUGACAAUGUCGGGGCAUGCUCCUAAUGAGACGACGGAUAGUGUCCUGGGGUAUUUCCUCCCAGACCUGGACCAGGGCAUCACUGAGCUCCUGGACAGUCUGAGAGAGCCCUACCAUGACAUCCGAUUCAAUCUUAUGGCGGUGGUUCCAGAUCGCAGGAUAAAAUACGAGUCUAAGCUGGAGAUCCUGAAACGGAACAGGCAGAUCAUUCUGGAAGGGCUCCAGCAGGUUAGGGAGAAAAAAGUAAUUCAGAUGACCCAACAAGGUUCAGGCCAGGAUCGAAAGCAACAAGACUCCUCCUCCUCAGAAGACACGCCUCCUGCUGUGAAAAAGGAGGAGGGGCAAGAUACGCCGAUACCUUUGUGUACAGAGCAGGCCUCACCCACUGAAACUCAGGAAGGUGCCACUGCUCUCCCAAGUCCCGCUGGAAAAGUCAGACCCAUGGCUAAACCUGCCACCUUGCCUACAGGGGGCGCUCCGCCACCAGCCCCUCUACCUGUUCCCAGCCCCAACCCCAAUCCCAUCGUCCAGCGUCUGCCAGCCUUCCUGGACAACCACAACUAUGCCAAGUCCCCCAUGCAGGAAGAGGAGGAUCUUGCUGCAGGUGUGGGUCGCUCACGCCUACCUGGCCCCCCUCAGCCCACUUAUUCCGAUGAUGAGGAUUACUAUGUUGAUGAAGAGGAGGAGUGCAGCACUGCAGGUGCAACAAGCAGCAGGGUCCAAAGAAAGGUUGGUCUACGUGCACGUACCAUGGGCCGAAGUGGAGUCUGUGCGGUUGCAGCAAUGGAGGGUCAGCUAGCACUCAGCGUUUUAGCUGAGAAACUCAAGAAGGAAGUCCAAAGGAAGGACUCCAUGGCUACAACAGGUUCCACACCUCUGAAUGUACGCACCGAGGGUCGCACGGGUGGGAUCAGCAUCACCUCGGCCUGCCAGCCGUCGCCCACGCCCAGUAACGAAAGCACGGAUACGGCCUCGGAAAUCGGAAGCGCGUUCAACUCACCACUUCGCUCGCCCGCAAGAUCGCAAGCAGCUACGCGGCCCUCCAGCCCUGUGGUGCCCCACUUGAGUCGUGUGCUGUUUGGAGAAGAGGAGGGGCUGCUUAGGUUAGAUGCCCGACACAAUCGAGCCGUCCGGGACUUGGGGGUGCUAGUGAGCUCCACGAUGCUGCGACUGCAAGAGGAUGGCGUCAUGUACGCCUUGCCAGCUACAGAAAUCUUGGAAGGGUUAAAGAAAGCAGGUGGUGUGGAGAAGAAAGAGAAAGAAGAGAUGACUGGUCCAGGAGGAGAGGAGGAAGUGAAGGAAGGACCAUCAGUGGAGAUGAAACAGGAGGACGUCAAAGAGUCAGUGGACAUCAAACCAGACAAGGAGAACCUGCCAUCCAUCAAUGCAGAAACCAGCACCAAACCUCCUGGAGAAAAAUACACCCCUAAAGAGUUGCUGGCUUUGUUGAAGUAUGUGGAAGCUGACAUUGCCAACUAUGAAGUGUGUUUGAAAGAAGAAGUGGAGAAAAGGAAAAAGUAUAAGAUCGAUGACCAAAGGAGGACUCAUAACUAUGACGAAUUCAUCUGCACCUUCAUAUCAAUGCUGGCACAAGAAGGUAUGUUAGCGAGUCUGGUGGAGCAGAACAUCUCCGUGCGUCGCAGACAGGGCGUAAGCAUUGGCCGGCUCCACAAACAACGCAAACCCGACCGGCGGAAACGUUCACGACCAUACAAAGCCAAGCGCCAAUAAAUGCUAAAAAAGAACCGAAUGGCAGCAACUCGACAACUCAAUCUUUCUGAAAUAUUGUCCAGAGACAUUUCUGAAGAUGAACAACGAUACCAAACACCUCAUUGACAGUGUUAGAUAUUGAUUAAAAUAUAUAUAUAUAUAUAUUUUUUUUAUCAAGCUGUUUCACAUAAUAAACUGCCCAUGUACAAG